AUGGUCCAGAAGAAUAAAUAUGUCAUUGCUCAUGAAGUUGUCGAGACGAACAAUGAUGAUAAACAUCUGCAUGAGCUUGGAAAAGUUGUUAGAGAAUCAAAAGAUGUAUUAGAUGGCCUUCUAAAUAUCGGAAAGCUGAAGCUCCCUACAAGUACUGCAACAAUGAGUGAUUUUCUUGAUACUUUCAGCUCUAUACUAUUAUUUGUGUCAAAAUUAGAAAAAUGUGCUAUUGACAUAAAAUGUGCCAUUGAACAACUGGAAAACAGAAGGAGCUCCAUAGGCUUUACGUUCAAUAGAGCAAGACCAUUAAUUGAAGGCCGUGCAAGACCAGAAUGGAUGAGACCGACUUGGUACUCCCCACCCGCCAGCAACAAGCCAAGUCGCAACUGCCUUUCGAUUUGUUUGGAAGAGAAGCACACCGCAGCAAACCCGAGGACGAUGUCAAAUAAGUAG